AUGCCUUCUUAUAGUCAAGAAAUAAAUGUAGACCUCAACGAGGAUGUUGCGUUUAAAACUCAACCGAAAGAAAAUAAAAAAGAAGAAGUUAAAUAUGUUGCAACAGAUUUAACUAACAAUGGGGCGCCAGCGGGACUAAACCCUGAUCAAAGACUAGCCUUUGCUUUAAGGGACUUUUUGGGACCUCCUAAUAUGGUCGUAUCCGAAGACGGGCCCUCUCCGUCCAAUAUGGAACAAAAACUGCCUUUCAUUGAUGAAGUUACCGAUGCAGAAGACCUGGUGCAGUCCGACGAGGAACCACUCCAGAAUCCGGAGACUGAAGAAGUCCUCAAUAAUGCAGCGUGCCGGUUGCGGAGAUGGCGCGCGGCAUCUAGAAAACUUCGUCGGCCACGAAUCAUAAAUAAUUUAAAUACCGAUGAUGUAUGUAAUGGUGCUGUCAAAACAUUUAAUGGAGGGCACACGGAUCUAGCCGACCGUCUGCGAAGCUUAGCCGCGGCAAGUAAUAUGUCGGCUUCAGCCGGUGAACUGCUUUCGUUGGCACCGCCUCCGUCUGCCGCCACCGCUCCCCCUUCGCCUGGCUGCCUGCUUACACCAUCCUUAGCUGAUCAAAGCUCUGCAGAAUACUUCGGAUCGAGUCCAGAAUGCUGUGCUGAAAGUUGUGGAACUAAAAGUGGGAACUCAGCCGGUACUCCAGGGCCGCCGCCUGGUCCGCGCUACAAGUUAGCCAGUGAAGGAGCCCUCAGAGUUUGCUGUUUUCAACAUACCCGAACCGUUGUAGACAAAAUACUUGGUGCAAAAUUUUUCAGAAGAUGGGAAACCCAUAUGCUAUGUUUAUUAGAAGAUCACAUUGUAUCAAAAACUCCAUCGGGAUUGCUUGAACAUCCACUCUCGUACAGUUGCAUGCAAGAGGUGUACUGCAUUUCAAGAUGGGAUCCAGCGAGGAAAUACUGUCUACGUAUCGUUAUGCCUCAUGGUUCCCUUCUCUUACAAGCCAAUGACGCAUAUACUAGGGACCAAUGGUACUAUUCAAUUGUUUGGAGAAGAAACAUGAUUAGAUAUCGUAACUUCUUAACAAAGUCCGUGAGGAAAGAGGUUGUGUUAAAAGAACUUAAGAACAUGGUGGACUUUGCGAUGACAACUCCUUUGCAAGACGAAAGUGUGACGCGGGCUCCGCUGCAAAUUCUCACCGACCUACUCUCAGAGAAUAAAGAUAGUUCAGAUUGGGAAGAAUGGGCAGAGAACGUAGCAAGUGUGGCUGCGCCGCUGUUGGCCGAGCGUUGCGUCAAUGGUGACCUCUGCGCGCUGCUCGCCCGACUGUGCCGACGCCGGCCGCGCGCCGCGCCGCUGCCCGCGCUCGCCCCGCCUGUACGCCGCGUCCUCACACGGAACGUCGACUUCGGGAAAGCACCUCAUGCCCGACAGUUCGUCAGAGAUUAUAUAAGUGCCCUUAGCGCUCACAACUCUGGACAAAGCUUGGUGCGUCGGUUUGUUGAAGUGACGCACGGGAGUGGUGCGUCGUGUCCGCACCCGCGCGCCGCGCCCAACCUCGCGUCCGUCGCUCUCGCCGCCAUCGACGACCACUACCGUGACACCACCUUGCCGCACAAAUGUGACGAUACCGAGCUGGAAGUGCUAUGCUUUGCAGACAUUUUACAACAUAUGUGUGAAUACGACGACUGGUUGAUCGUGGUAGGCGGUGUUCUUCAGCCAGUGCCGCUAUGCACAGGCGCCAUGAGCUGCCCGCGGGUAGCGGAACGACUUGGCACAGUAUUAGAGACGUUAGCCCACGACCCGCGAUGUUCGGCCCACGCCUGCGUCGCACCGGCCAGAGCUGCUCGACCUUCGCCGCCUUCGUGGUUGAAGACGGCUGCCCCUUCCGACCCUAUUCUGUCACUGCCACACAAAAGGCUAUGCCAGCUCUGGGGAGAUAUGUUGAAAUCUCUCUUAAGUUGUUGCUGUAAAAGGAAAAGUUUUCUACAGAGCAUGACCAAACAUCUGCCUGAUUUCGUAAUAGUCGCUCUCACUGAACACCCAGCAGCUUUAGAAGCAUUAUGUCUAAUGUUAGAAUGGGAAAUAGCGAGUGGCGAACAGACACAAUUAGAAAUCAUAGCAGCAUUGCAAGGAACCGAAUUAGGGCAACAGUAUUAUAAAGAUUUAUGUGAACGACAGCAGACUCUCCAGAGAUUGCAAUCGCAAGGCGGUCCGCGUCGGCUGGCGCUGCCGGUGCGCGCGACGGACGCGGACGUGGAAGCUCUGCUGGAAGCGGGCGCGCUCGGCAACCUCGAGUGCUUGAGCCUCGCCUUCACUAGUGUUACUAGUGCGUGUGCACAUCAUCUCAUUAAAUUACCUUCACUGCGCUAUUUGAAUUUAUGGGCUACAAAGUUUGGUGAUAGUGGUGUUCAACUGAUCGCAGAACAUCUUCCUCGUCUGCAAGUACUCAAUCUCUGUGAAACUCCUGUCUCUGAUAAGGGAAUAGAAGCAUUGUCCGGUUUGUCAAGUCUACGACGUCUUAAUUUGAACAGCACAAAACUAUCGGCAGAGGCCUUCGAAAUAUUACGUAAAAGAUUGCCACAUCUGCAGGAGUAUGAUAUCCGCUACACGGAGGCUUGG